UUGGUCAUAGUUGGUGCAUCUUUGAUAAACUAAACUUCAAAGCGUUUUAUUUCAUUUGGUUUGUGCAUAUUUUAAAUUCCAAGCAAGAAAUGCAUUCAGUUGUUUUCGUAGUCGUAUUGCAUGGUGUCCUGGCGGGAGUGAGUUGUGCUGCAGCGACCUCGGAAAAGGAGGUGUCCAAGAGAUCAACCGUUCUUUAUGCAGAUGAAUAUUUGCCGUCGUCCUUAAUUUCGUCUUUACCAAAAGUAAACGGACCAUGGCUUCCAUCGCCACGACCAGUUCCACCAUCUCCAGCUGAAGUCUCCAAUAUUAUAGCGUCCGCCAAGCAGGCGUCGGCCAACGUUAUUAUUGCUCAACAGCAAGUGCAAGCUGCGAAAGAGAAUGUGCUGAACCAACAGCGGAUCGCAAUGGAAAAGGAGGCAAAUGCUGCCAUUCUAACCCAAAAAAGUGAAGCUGCAGCUGCUGUUCAACGCUCGGAGGCUGCAGCCGCAGCACAAGCAGUUAUUCUUGCUCAACACAGACUCGCUGCGGCCAAAUCUUCAGUUGCUCAUCAACAAAGACUUGCUGCUGCAAAAGAAGCCGAGGCUGCUGCAGCUCUACAAAGUUCAGCUCAAGCAGCAGCAGCAGAAAUUCACAGAACAGAGGCCGAGGCUGCCAAAUUGGCGAAUUUACAACGAAUUGGAGCUGCAAACAUCGCUCACCAUGUCACCGCUACAAAAGAUGCAAUUGUGGCUCCAUUAUCCAGUGGAAAUAACAAUGUCCCGAAUAUUCCUCUUCCAUGGAUUUCACCACCAUCAUCCACACCAUGGGCAGCUACAGGACCAACAGGACAUGGAGCUUUGUAUGUCCCAUCAAAGGGAUUUACCGUCGGUCAUAUUUGGGGAUAAGGCAGAUGGUUAUACGGCUUUAUAGCGACUGAAAUGGCAUUUCCUAUUUAAUAUGUACU